UAACCGUUCCCAUCCCACCCCUCCCACGGUCCUCCUUCCUCGCCUGCUUUACUUACAUAGAAGUACCUCACCUCACGGGCACAUCGUACCCAAUCAACUCCAUCCGUCCCUCCCUGGCCCAUGCAUUGUCGACCAGUGUUUGGCCGUGUGUGAUAACCAACCCUCUUGCCACCAUACAGAUACACACGCCGCACUCUUUCUCUUCCUCUUCUACCCAUUGCUCCGGGACCUCCUGCUGCUCCCAUCCAUCUUCUUUUUCGACCUCUUUUCGCUUUCAGCCCGUCGUCAUCUUUCACUACCCUACCAAGGUACCCUCACUUUACGACACUUCCAACGAUUACUGCCAACUUCCCACCACCACCACCACCACCACCCCCCAUUAUUCAUUCACUACAAUCACCCGUUGAAUGCUGGCAUCGACCGAUCCUAUCUUCGACUUGAUUCCCUAAUACCAUCGUUGACGAUCCGACUUCCGCUCUCUACCUAAUCGAACACCCUGUCCCUGCUCAAUUCGAUCCUCUAGCGACAGACUUCGCCAACCGCAGCCAUGAACUUCACCAAGAAAUUCGACCGCGCCUUCCAAUGGGCAGGCGAAAAGAUGGGAUCCGAAUCUAAGACGGGUCAGACAGACGAGUUCAGAAACUUGGAAAUGGAGAUGCAGUUGCGAUAUGAUGGAAUGGAGAGACUCCAGAAAUCCACAAACACAUACGUUAAAUGGAUCGCCCGCCGCGGUGAGGCCUUUGAAGACAAGGAGAAAGGACUGCCGAUUGCUUUCGUCGGUCGUAUGAUGAUUUCUCACGGCGAGGAAUUCGAGCCCGACUCCGAGUUCGGCGCCUGUCUGCUUUCUCUUGGUCGGACGAACGAGCGCCUCGCUGGCAUCCAGGAAAGCUACGCCUCCGAUGUGACCGACAACUGGCUCGUCUCUGUCGAGAGAUCGCUGGCUAUGAUGAAAGAGUAUCAGGCCGCACGGAAGAAGCUCGAGUCGCGCCGAUUGGCCUACGAUGCGAGUAUUAGCAAGAUGCAGAAGGCAAAGCGCGAGGAUUUCCGUCUCGAGGAGGAGUUGCGCACUGCCCGCGCCAAGUACGAGGAAGCCGGCGAGGACGUCAUGCGGCGCAUGCAGGACAUCAAGGACGCCGAGACCGACAACGUCCGCGACCUGACCAGUCUGCUCGACGCCGAGUUGAGCUACCACGAACGCUGCGCCGAAGAGCUGCGCCGUCUGCGCCAGAACUGGGCCGGUGGCAACGCACCUCCGUCGCCCACCGACCGUCGUUAUAACAACGGUCGCGGGAGGUCCAACACGGCCCGCUCCUUCAACGAGUACUCGGCCCGCGUCAACCACGUCGAGGAAGAACCCGAACCGAUGCCCGUCCGCAUGCCUAUCCGCUCCAACCGAUCCGAGGCCAAAUACGGCGCUUCCGCAGACACAACCCCGAGACCGACUAUUGCUAGAUCCCAGACGUUCCAGGGUUCUGCCGCCACCGAUCGACGCUCCAUCGCCGCCACGCCUCCUGUGCCCAACGUCUCCCAUAUUGGAUCUCUUCGGGGCAAUCUGAGACCUACAGGCAGACCACUUGCCAGUGACGUCUUUGCCGAUCGCGACGAUGAACACACGAUGAGCGGUAGUGGCAGUCCGGAAUGGAACGACCGCAGCGCAAGCCCAGCGACCAGUAUGGGGAGUAGCUUGACUAGAAGCACAAGCAACCUCCAGUCCAAAAAGGCGCCACCGCCACCCCCUCCGAGCCGAGCCAAGAAGCCGGCGCCCCCGAUUCCUGCCAAACGGGAGGUCGGAUACUAGAUAUACACUGCUGUUUGAGCCUCUUCGGUGGACGAGAGAGGCUUGCGGGUUCGGCGUCACAAUAUGCGACACUUGAUUUUCCGUCUGGUUGCAUCAAUAGACUGUUCAUUCCUAGUCGGAAUGGGGGCUCCGACUGGAGCACGGCGUUGGGGCGUGUAAAUAUCCGUGGACUGGAUCCGCAGUGGUUGGUUCCUUGGCUGCGUUGUCUCACCUGAGAAGGAUUGGAGGAUUAGAGAUGGGCGGGUUCCAAGGUUCGUAGGUUUUUCAACAUGGAUGCUAUUCCUCUGCAAGUGUUUUAUAAAAGUGGUCUCAACGUGCAAUGUGCAGAUUGGCGUGGGUAGUGUCAUGCUG